AGGGGAGAAGCCUGGGGCGCCGCAGCCACUGCCCGCCCCUCCGCCUCUCAUCUCCGCUCAGGCAAGGCUGCUGGGAUCGAGCGCGGGGCUCUGGCCGGGUCCGCGUUCCCGACUGCCGAGUCCUACUGAGCGACCCUGGAGUGCCUGUCCAGAUGCCAACCAAGCUGCCACUGGGGAUCCCUCUGGGAGAUUGAAGGCCCAGGUUGAGGCUGACCAGCCCUGAGCCUUAGGCCAGGGGAAUGGCAGCCCCCCCAGAGCCUCAGGACCAGGCCCCUGGGGAGGGAGAAGGGCUUCUGAUCGUGAAGGUAGAAGAUUCCUCCUGGGAGCAGGAUGCUGCCCAGCAAGAGGACAGCAGGGAUUCAGAGGCGUGCCGCCAGCGCUUUCGGCAGUUCUGCUACGGGGAUGCAGGCGGACCCCACGAGGCCUUCAGCCAGCUCUGGGAGCUCUGCUGCCGCUGGCUGCGGCCCGAGCUGCGCACCAAGGAGCAGAUCCUGGAGCUGCUGGUGCUGGAGCAGUUCCUGAGCGUGCUGCCCGUGGGCGUCCAGGGCUGGGUAUGCGAACGAUGCCCGGGGAGUGGCGAGGAAGCUGUUGCCUUGGUGGAGGACCUGCAAAAGCAGCCAGUGAAAGCUUGGCCACAGGACGUGCCCUCAGAGGGGGCGGAACCUGAGGCUGCAGUCCAGGGAUCUCAGGCCCAGGGGCCUCCCCGGAAGGCAGGGACACGAAGCCGACCACUUGUACCCUGGGAGCAGCACAGCCAUGGUGCCCAGCUUCCGGCUCUUCUUAAAGAGGGGAGCACCAGAGAGACGACAGAUACCUGCUUUGCCUCUGGGGGACCUGUGACAUUUGGAGACAUUCCCUUCUAUUUCUCCCGGGAAGAAUGGGGGUCCCUGGACCCUGCUCAGAGGGAUCUCUUCUGGGACAUAAAAAGGGAGAACUCCCAGAACGUUGCCCUGGCUCUGUCCCUGGAACCGCGUGGCACUGAAGAGGCCGCCUCCUCCCCGCUUGCAGGUUUGGGACUCACGAGCCACAGCGAGAGAUCCCGGCUGGAGGAGGUGGUGACGGCGCUCCCGGGCCAGGCUGCUGGCGACGUGACCGUGUCCUGGAGGCUGGAGGAGGCCGAGGCCCGGCCGGGGGCGCCCCGGGGGCGGGCGGCGGGGGCGCGGCGGGGGCGGCCGCCCACGCGUCGGCGGCAGUUCCGGGACCUGGCGGCCGAGAAGCCGCACAGCUGCGGCCAGUGCGGCAAGCGCUUCCGCUGGGGCUCCGACCUGGCGCGCCACCAGCGCACGCACACGGGCGAGAAGCCGCACAAGUGUCAGGAGUGCGACAAGAGCUUCCGCAGCUCCUCGGACCUGGUGCGCCAUCAGGGCGUGCACACGGGCCAGAAGCCCUUCUCCUGCUCCGAGUGCGGCAAGAGCUUCAGCCGCAGUGCCUACCUGGCCGACCACCAGCGCAUCCACACGGGCGAGAAGCCUUUCGGCUGCAGUGACUGCGGCAAGAGCUUCUCGCUGCGCUCCUACCUGCUGGACCACCGGCGAGUGCACACGGGCGAGCGGCCCUUCGGCUGCGGCGAGUGCGACAAGAGCUUCAAGCAGCGCGCCCACCUCAUCGCCCACCAGAGCCUGCACGCCAAGAUGGCCCAGCCUGUGGGGUGAGGGCCGAAAGGGCGGCCCAGGCGGGGUCCCCACCCGGCCCAGUCCACCAUCUCCGCUGCCGGCAAGACUGCAGGGUACCCCACGCGCAGAACCCAUCAGCCCUGCCCGCCUGGGGACCUGGCCAACGCCCCCCAGGCAUGGAAUCCCCUGUGACCUCGUGGCCAUAUCCCUAACUGCUCUGGGGUUUUUCUUGCCCCCUGGUUUCCUGGAGCCCCGGCACAUUCCAGGCUGGUGGCGUGAGCACAGGGGAGAAACUGGGGCACAGGGAUGUAUGAGGACUUGGGCAGACCUGGGGUCUCCAUCCCAGAACCCCGUCAGCCUUGCUUGGCCCCAUCGCUCUCUGUUCCCGGCCUUCUCGGCUGGGUCCAUGGGCUGGGCCUUCUGUCCUGCCAUCCUGUGCCUUCCCACGGGGUUGAAGGCUAAGCCUCAGGGUGCUGCUGGGCUCUGGGAGGGUCAGUCAGCCCACACCCAUGAGGACCUGGGUCCUGGGUGCGGCCACAGGGGCUUUCUGGCCUCCACCCCUUCCCAUUUCCAGACAUUGACCGCUCUGCCCUGUCCCAGCAGCAUGCGAGCUGCCUGCCUCUGCCCUCAGCCACCUCGCCCCAAGCUGAGCUCCCAAGAGUCACUCUCCACCAGUCUGGCUCCGGGGACAGAGGCCAACUGUGCAGACCAAGAACAGGGCCAGCGGAGGCCCGCUCCCCCCACUGCUCCCCAGUCUCCUGGAGUCUCGGGGGUUUAUGGUACUUAACACUAGCACUCCAUCAGCACCUUGUCACUAACUCCUGAGGCGCUGUAUUCCCUGCAGAAGGGCAUUCACAGGGACAGACCACAGGCCCUCCCAAGGAGCUGGCCCAGCUGGCCUCAAAGGGCAGCAGAAAGGUUGAAUAAACAUGAAAACUUC